ACAUUCAUCAUACAUAUGAUAUAAACGUAUAUCGCACGUCAGGACGCACGCGCACGCGACAUUCUGUCCAGUGUCGUCGUGCAUACGCGACUCGUGAUUUCAAAAGUUGAUAUAUUGCCAGAUGGUAAAACAAAGCGAAAAAUUUCAAGUUAGACCAAUUAUUACGUUUUACGUUAUGCGUGAAAUCUUUUCAUCUCUAAUGUUACGUCAUAAACAGGCAAGAGAGAUGAGAUCUUUGGACAAUUUUAUCCAGGAUAACGGGAUGUCGUGAAUCGAAUGAUCGCGCUAGUGGAGUUUUGUGAACGCCAGAACGACAUUAUAAACCUCCAUAAAUUCUCCAAUAAUUUCUUUCCUUUUCUAUGUAUUUAGAGAGAGAAAGAGAAAAUGCCAUUUACACCUUUCUGCACUCAAAAGGACUUAACAAAAUGUCAGAUGACACAAAGAUUCUAUUAAAGGAUGCCCGCGAAUCUUUCAAGCAAAAUGAAUAUUUGGAAGUUAUAAAGAAAUGUAAGAAAAUCUUGAAGAAAGACAAAACCAAUUAUGCAGCAUUGCUUCUAUUAGCUCGCUCUAUGCAAGAGGUGGAAGAAUUUGAAUCACAGGUGUCUUUAGUUCUCCAAAAAGCUGUGGAGGUGCAACCGAAUAAUCCAUUGGCCUGGCAAGGUUUAGUGGCAUAUUAUGAGAAAGCAUCACAGGAUCAUUGGGAAAAGUUGGUUCUAGCCUACUGCAAACUGUUGGAGUUGGAUAGUGAUUCUCCUAAGUUCAUACAUUUUGUAAAUAAAGUUUCUGAAAUUAUCUUACGUAUCAAGGAUGAUGACGUAUUAUCUGAAGUAUUGGUCACACUAAAUAAGUUACGAGAUGUUUCUACACAGGAAAAGAAAAAUCUGAUCAACAAGAAUCUAGCAUGGGUUUUUUCAGAAUAUCCUAGUAGCAUAAACAAACAUCAGGAGCUUUAUGAAAAUGUGUUUGCAUCUGUUAUAAAUGAUGUAGAAUUAGUAAAUAGACAAGAGUAUUAUAGGAAAUAUUUAAAGAUACUGUAUGACUCAAAUAAAUUUACGAAGUUGCUAACGGCAGCUCAAGAUAUGCAUAUUCAAUUUCCACAGGAUAUCUGCCCUUUAGAGUGGUUAUGUCGUGUCUAUUAUGAAAAGACUGUAUUGAAUGAAAAUGAUUUUGAGAUUGAUAUAACUCAGUUUUAUGAGUCGCUUCUAAAGUUAAAUGCGAAUUCCGAAACUGCCUUUAUUGCAAAAGCAACAUAUUUGUGGACAACAGACGAAUUGAUCGAUUGUCGCGAUUGUUUGAAGCAAGUAAUUUUAUUAAACCCGCAGUCGUUUUAUGCUUGGUUGAUGUUAAGCCAAGUGUAUUAUAAGCUUUACUGCUGGCAAGAAACUGAAAAUGCUUCUGGACAAGCGCUCCAACUGAUGAAACCGUCUUUAAAGGACAAAUUUAAAUAUGAAAUUAAUUUGAGAUUGCUUGAAGCAAUGAGUAGAAGCAGUAACAAACAAAAGUUGAUGGAAGCACGUCAAAUAUGUGAAAAGUUGUUAUACAUCGAAUCUACUGUACAAUUGCAAAUAAUAUAUGCACGUACAAGUAUAUUAUUGGAUGAGCCUGAUGCUAUCGCAAUAUUAAGCAAUUUAGAAACUCAAGAUGAAACUAAAUUCCAAGUCUCUAUUCUCAAAGCGGUCUAUUUAAAAAAUAAACAGUAUGAAGAAGCUAUUAAUGCUCUCGAACUGGCUUUAGAGAAUUCUGAAGCUUGGUUGUUAUUUGGUAAAAUAUAUUGGGAUAUAGGAGACUACAACCACAGCUUGAUAGCAUUUUUAAAUGGCAUUCAAGCAGAUCGCAAUAAUUGGGAAUGUAUGCUUUAUUUGGGGCAUUAUUAUCGUGAACAAGGUAACGACAUAGAGCGUUCGAGAAGGUGUUAUCACGCUGCGUUACAGAUCAAUCCGAAUUCUGAAGAAGCUGGUAUCGGAUUGAGCACUGCUUAUCGUCUUCUCAAGAAUACCGAUGCCAAUGUACAAUUGUUGCAAAGAGUAACUACGCAAGGUACUGGACCGAAAUGGGCCUGGCUCCAAUUAGGCUUACACUACUUAGAUCAAGGUGACGCGGGACAAGCUAUCACGGCAUUACAGCAUGUGAUCAGAGCUGAUCCUAAUGACAAUCAUAGCUGGGAAUCUCUGGCGGACGCAUACUUAAUACGUGGUGCUCACACAUCGGCAUUAAAAUCAUAUCAACGGGCGCUGCAGCUCAGUCCAGGGUCCCUGUAUCCCAUGAUACAACUCGCAAAUAUCAAAUUACUCAUUGGUCAACAUAAAGAAGCAAAGGAAGAUUUUGAAAGUAUAUUACAAAACGAUGUACAACAUAUUCUUGCAUUAAAAGGUCUAGCACAAGCAUGUUUAGGUUUGGCAAAAGAAAAUAUUGCGAAACAAUUUUUGUGUCGCGCGAGGGAAAAUCUACAACAAGCAGCAGACAAUUUGAUAGAUGCUAUCAUGAUACGCAAUGAUUUGCUUUGCAAUUGGAAAUUGCUUGGCGAUGUGUGCUAUAGAAUGGCUAUUUUACCAGAAAAAUAUUGCUAUUUAAGAAUUAAGUCUAUUCUAAUGAAAUACGAUAGUGUUGAAAAAUAUUUAAAUAUCAAAGAUGAUGAGAUACUCGCUUUAUCAAUAAGAUGUUUUUGUCGAGCAUUAUCCAUGCAGAAUUCUGCAUUUUUAUGGUAUGAUUUAGCGUGUUGUUAUUCGCUACAACUAAAUCGCAAUUCGACAAUUAACAAGAAUGAAAUAGCAGUAAAGUGUUUUGCGGCUGCAAAACAUGCCGUUAAACUUUGCCCGUCCUCAUGGCUACAUUGGAAUCUUUUGGGUAUUAUUUGUAUAUCGCCGUAUAAAAAUUAUGCCUUGGCUCAGCAUUGUUUCGUUGUGGCAAUCGAUAGAGAAUCGAAUAAUGCAAUAGCUUGGAACAAUCUCGGUGUAUUAUACUUGUAUUUAGGAGAUAUCUACAGAGCAAAUGAGGCAUUUUCUCGAGCGCAACGUGCGGACCCUAGUUACGUAAAUAGCUGGGUCGGACAAGGAUUAAUCGCGGAAAAGACCCUCAGGAAGGAAGCGAUGGAUUUAUUCCGACAUUCGACACAGUUGGGUUACCAUAAUCAGGCGGCUCUAGGCUAUGCCCAUUGGGUACUUACUACUCUUCUGAAUCCUACAAUGAAGAAGGAUCCAUUGUCAGUUUACGUUAUCGAAAAUAUGCAUGCAAUACCUGCAGCAGCCGAUAUUCUUACUUGGUAUACAGAACGAGAACCCAAUGAUGUUUAUGCUUUAAAUACACAUGGUUUAUUAUUGGAACGAUUGAAAUUAUACAAUACGGCGGCUAAACAAUUUUCCAGAGCUUUAGAAUUGAGCCAAGUUGAAAAGAGGGAUAUGAUAUCUUUAAACUUAGCACGUGUUUUGAUUCAAAUUGGAAAAUAUGAAGAAGCAGUAGAAUUAUGCAAACAAGUAAAACGUGCAAGUUUCAAUUCUCAGUGCAACCUGGCAUUAUCUCUAUUUAAAGCCAAACAAUACGAAGAAUCAUACAACACAUACGAAGCAGCUUUACAUUGGUUGGCAGAUACAGAUACGCAUAAAGCAAAUAUCUUAUGUGCCAUGGCUGCUAUUGCUUAUCUUUUCCAAGGGGCAGAUGCUGUCAAGACAUUGCUAUUUCAAUGUAUACAAAUAAAACCACCUACUAUAGCUGGUUUUUUGGCAACCGCGGCUUUAGGAAUUUUACAUGAUGAUUCUAAUCUGACUUCCUUGGUACUGAACGAACUGAAACCUUACGAAAAUCAUCACGAGUAUGGUCAUGACAUUGUCACAUUAUCGGCAUAUCAUCAAGUUAUUCAGGGAAAUCUCAAUCAAGCUAUUCGAAUACUCGCCAAAGCUAUUUUCAGGCAUCCUAAUGAUACUAGAUAUUGGAUGCGUCUCGUUCGAGUUUCAUCAUUGGAUACAAAUCUGAAUAUCUUCCGAAAAUGUGCUCCGACAGCACUGAUGCUAAGCAGAAGUACAUCUAUGACUGAUACUGUAUAUAUUGCUUGCGCAUCAGCUUAUAGUCACCUUGGUACAAAAGAAGGUCUCAGACAAGCUGAGAAGAAUAUAUUUACAUAUCCUGCCAAUGCUGAGAGCUGGAUUACUCUCAUUGCAGCUCUUUUAUCCAAAUGCGUAGAUAAGGAUUGUAAAAUUAAUAAUCGGUGGAUAUUUUCAUUAAUGUCAGUAAUGAAGUCGAGAUUUGAAAUUAAAAGUUUGGAAAAUAUGUCACAAUGGUUAUACCAUGUUGAGAAAAAAACAAAUUUUUAAAUGAAACCUCGCGUAACUAAUUAGACUAUUUUAUUAUAUUUUAUUCCAAAAAGUAUGACAUAUUUUCUCUACGGGCUAUUGUACAUUAUAUUAAUAAAUCUUAGUUGGAAUAAU